AUGCCUCCACCACCGAUAUCUACAAAGAAUAAUAAUAAUAAUAAUAAUAAUAAUAAUAAUAUUGAAGAUAGUGAUAAUGAUGAACAAAAUUUUAUUGUUGAAACAGAAACUGUCGAAGCUGCUCCAGUGGUAAAUACUUUAUUAAAUAAUAAUUCAUCAAUUAUUCCUGUAGAAUCAACAAUUUUAUUAAAUAAUGAUAGUACUACUACCAAUAAUAAUGAAAAUUUAAUUUCACAUACUUUAUUACCUAUCAAUGAACAAUCAAUUGGCGAUAAUAAUACUGAUGCAUUAUCUUUAAAUAAUGAUAUUAUUAAUGAACCACCUUUAAAUCAUGUAAAUUUAUUACCUGAUAAUAAAAAUAUACCGAAUGAUUUAGAUACAAAUAAUAAUAGCACAACAAAUUUAAUUGAUAAUAACCCUUUAUCCUUACAUAAUAAUCAAAAUCAAUCAUUAUUGCCAUUAAAAAAUAAAAAAAGUUCACUUUUAAUUGAUUCAAAUUUAGUUAUAAAUAAUGAUAAUAUAACAACAAGUAAUGAUACAGAAACUUUAAAUACAAUUAAGUCGGAUUCUCCACAACCACCUUCUAUUGGGAAUGGUUCGAAUAGAUUACAAUCUAAUACUUCUAUUAAAAAGAUAAUAAAUUCAAAUAUUCAACCAACCACUAUUACGAAUACUACUAGUAGUAAUAUGAUUAAAGAAUUACCUUUGGAUAGUAAAAGGACCACAAAGAAUUUCGAAAGACCUCCAAUGCAUUCAAUGAAUUCAAGAGAUGUAUUAAUGACAGAAAAGAAAACUAAUAGUCCUUUAGUAAUGUCUAGUAAUAAUAAUAAUAACAUUAAUAACAAUAAUGUCAUUCCUAAUCCUACUAUUAAUAACAGUGAUGACCAAAAUAUAGCUAAUAAUAGUAAUAAUACCAAUAAUACUAACAAUACAACCGCAACAAGUAAUAAACUUAUUUCCGAACAAUCAAAGGAUAACUACAGUAAUAACAACAAUAAUGUUAUAAGUGGUACUUCAACGACUAAUACCGAUGCAGAUAAUAUAUUCUCUAAGAAACCAAUAACUAAUGAUCUAAAUAGAAAUAGUGAAAAUAAAUUGAAUGGUGGCCAUACUAUGAUAAAUAAAAGUACAGAUAAUUUAACACAUCAUAAUGUAAUAUCUACUGAUGAUUUACAUUCACAAUUUGAUGAUUCGAGUCAAAAACCAACAAAGACAGAUUUUUUCGCUGCAAGAUUAGCUUCUGCAGUAGGUGAAAAUGAAGUUAGUGAUUCAGAGGAAACUUUUGUAUACGAAUCUGCUGCCAACUCUACAAAGAAUAGAAUCUAUCCAAGCUCAAGUAAUCAUGUGAAUUCACAAGCUAUUGCAACAUCUAAUAAUACACAACAUCCCUCAGUUAAUGGGAGUAUAGAUAUCCAUUCAAUGACUGGAGAUGUAUCAGAACCACAACAUGGCGUCAUACCAAAAAUGAGUGUUCCACUUUUGAAUAGUAACAAGAAAUUAAUGACAAGAUUGAAAAAUCCAAGACAUAUUAGUACAAGUGGAAUUCCGUUAUCUACUACUGGACCAAAUAAUAUUAGUGUCACUGGUAACCAUGUUCCAUCGAAUUAUCAUCAAAAUCAAAAUGUGCAUUCACAUUUAAAUGGUUAUCCACACUCAUCUAUAUCACAUCUUCCUCCAUUGUCCACCACUGGGAGUUCUAACCCCAAUACUGUUAACAACCCGGAAAAGAUUAUGUAUUCUCCAGUAAUGAAUCAAAACUUAAAUUAUUCAGGAGUAACACCUGGUAAAGCCAAUGGUAGUCCCAAUGUUACUAACCAAUUCAACAGUGCUCAUACACAAGCAGAGGACUUGUCUACAGUAAGGUCAUUCAAUAAAACCAAUAGAAGUCACCCACAGGAUACACGACCAAUGAGACCAUAUAUCUUAGAUCAUCCAAAAUCACCAAACAAAAGAUCAAGUAUUGCAUCGCUAACUAAAUCUAGUAUGAGUCAACCAAGUGCUUCAUAUUUCCCUUCACAACCUUUACCACCGCAAAAUAAUACACCCAAUGGAAUAGGACAGCGGCCAAUUCCUAACAAUCUUGCUACGUCACUAAGACAAAUGGGAUCAAGUUCGUUACAACAUAACAAUAGCAUCAGCAGUAGCACAGGAAUGAAAGCUGAAAAUAAGAAAGGUUUAAGAACAACUGUAUCAAAGAUAUUUGAUACAAACGAGACACCUCUAAGAAUCUAUUCUGGCGUACCAGAUAAUGUCAAUCUUGAAGAUUAUAUUGAUCAAUCUGAUAAUAUGGGAGCCAAUGGCAAUGGUAACAACGGCUAUAAUAGCAACAAUACAAAUAUUCCAAUGAUGAAUAAUCAUAAUAGUAUGACUGGCAGUGUUCAUAACCACUCAUUAAAUGGUCUGAAUAAUCAAAAUAGUGUGAAGAUAAGUAAUUAUAUGAAUUCAAAUGAUGGGAAGAGAGUAAUGAGAAAUAGUAUCAAUGGAUAUCAACAGUGUGACACCAACAAUAAUAAUUGUAAUGAUAAUGCAUAUGAUAAUGAAAUCCAUGAUAACAAUGGAAAUCAUAGUGUAUAUCAAAAUUAUGGCAGCGUAAAUAACAAUAAUGGAGAUUAUAUGUAUAAUGAAUCUGUCCCAAUUAGAGAAGAAGACGAAACCGAGUAUAGUAGCUAUAGAAAUUCGAUUGCAAACAUCAGUAAUGGAGGGGGUCCCAAUGAAGGUGGGCAUUAUUCCAAAGAUUAUUCAACACGAAGUAACAAUGACAAUAAUAACAAUAUUCACAAUAUUGCUGAAAAUGAUGAUAUGCGAUCGAUGUUUUAUUAUAACCAUCGUGCAAAUCUUGAAGCGCGUCCCGAAAUAUCUGACUAUGAAGAUGAUGACGAUGACGUUGGUGAGGAUGAUGGAGGCAACAGAAGUUUUUUCGCAAGACAUAAUUUCUUACCCUCACAAAUGCAUUUUACUAGCAAUCGCCAUCCAUCCUAUUCAUUCACGAAGCAACAGCCAGUACAAGGAACAUUCUAUGAUUAUACAAUGUCACCAAAUCAGCAUCAUAUGGGACAACCCAAUGAAUAUACGCCAUUACGUGGAGGACCGGAUCAACUUGCACCUGCUGUAACAACAAGAAGAAGGUAUUCUAGAAAUAAUAAUGGUUAUUCUCCACAUGAUUUUUAUGGUAAGAAAUCCACUUGGUCCAGAUUAAAAUCUGCAGUAUAUUUUUCAUUUGUAAUGACAAUUUUAGUGACCAUUGGAUUUGUAUUCGGUUUCAUUAUUGCAACAAAUAAAGAAUUACAAGAUUUUAAUGUUGUUCUUGUAGAUAACGUUAUCUCUACUACAGAUGAGUUAUUGUUUGAUAUUACAGCGUCUGCAUUCAAUCUUGGUUUCUUUUCGAUAUCAAUAUUUGAUUCUGAUCUUGAUAUUUUUGCCAAGAGUGAUCAUAUUCCUAACGAUGAUAACGGCGGUAAUGAUAAUAACAAUGACAAUUCAGACCCAUUCAGAGAUCGUAAGGAUGAUCCCACCGAAACUAUUUUCCUUGGAACCGUUAAUAAAUUAGACCCUGAAUUAAAAUUCAGUGGUGGAUUUUUUAAUAGGAAAUAUGAUGUAUCAAUGACAAGUUUAAAGAUCAAGAACCCUGGUACAAAUGAGGAUAAAUCAGGCAAUAAGAAUGAAUCUGAUCAACAGGAUGAUCCUAAUGGAUCUGAAAAAUGGGAAGAGAUUAUAAAAUAUAAUUAUGAUCUUAUCAUUCGUGGGACUUUACGUUACAAGAUUCCAUUUUUCAAUAACAAUAGAUCAAUUGCAGUUCAAAGAACCGCAAAGGUACCAAAGGGAGACAAAGAUAAAGAAUGA